GCCACGAUCCCAUGCGGUCCCGCUGAUAUUACAAAGCUCGUUGGAAGUUCCUCUGCCCUAUCAGCUCGCCUUUAGGUAAUGACCACAGCCAUGUCUGAGCAGACGUACUCCUCUUUUGCUGUCGUUGGUGCAGGACCCAGCAUCGGCCUCAAGAUCGUCAGCGCUCUGCUUGAGACUGGCGCCAGUGUUGUUGUACUGUCCCGAGCUCCAAAGGACGUGCCACCGGGCGCCAAGCUUGUCAUAGUCGACUACGCCAGCACGUCAUCCGUCGCCCAAGUCUUGAAAGAGCAUGGCGUUGAAGUCAUCGUGUCUGCUCUGAGUUUUUAUGCGCUAGAAGCACAGGGCCCACUCGCACAAGCCGCGAAAGAUACAGGCGUCAAGCUGUUUGUGCCCUCCGAAUAUGGUAUGCCUUCAGAAGGCGGAAAGGAAGGCCAUCUGCUCGCAAAAUCCAAUUUCGCCGAAUAUCUCAAGUCUCUCGGUGUUCCAUCGCUACGCGUCUAUGCCGGGAUGUUCGCGGAGUAUAUUCCAUGGCUCACUGGCGUACCAGAUACCGGAAAGAUGCUCAUUAUUGGAAAGGGCGAUAAAUCAGCAUCCUUCACUUCGAUUAGUGACGUGGCAGGAUUCUUGGCCUACGUCCUCACCACCUUGCCACCAUCCCAACUACACGAUGUCAGUUUUCGGAUUGAAGGCGAACGCAUCUCCCUGUCCUCGGUUGGAGCGCUCUACAGAGCUUCAGCCACCAAAUCGUCGGUAGUGACGGAGUAUGUGGAUAAACUCCCGGAAAGCUUCGUAAAGCAAAGCUUUCUGCAAAACAAAUUUGAGCAGGGUCGUGUUAGCUCGGGAUGGGACAACUACAAGAACAGCGACGAUAUCUCGGCUGCGUCCAGCGGCAACGAACUCUGGAAAGAUCAUCGCUUCAAAUCUGUGAAAGAAGCUCUCGAUCUUUGAAACAGCCGUACCUCAUAAUGUAUCGUUAAUACACGCUAUGUUCGAUCACACUGUCCACUUUCUUGAUGUGAUCAUGAGUAACGCCUCCUU